GCCCACCUUUCAUUUCGACGUUGAGCCUACUGCAAGUUUUGUCUCGAUAGGGACGGCACAUUGCACUGCAAGACCAGGCCGCCUAGGUAUGUAGCACGAAUGAUGUAGCAUGUAUGCCUUACACAGUCCAACGGUCAUAUGCUUAGCAUCGCGUGGGCGGCGGUGGCGAGAACCGGGUUCAGCCCGUCCCCGGGACAGGCAUCCUGAUUUUAAAGUUUAGAGUUGAGCUGAGAAGGGCACGGAUCUGAUCUCUGCGACCUUCGGACAAACCAAAGUAGCCAUGCUUUUGAAGUCGCAUCCAUGGACAUGUCGACCAGACUCUGCCAGAACUGAGCUUCCGUCUAUCUUCACGUAAAGCCCCUCGCAGAUGCCAUGUCGUCCCACCCAGAGUUCAGCUAUUCCCAUCACGGGCUCGUCUUCUACCCGCUAGAAGUCCCCGAAAUCGCUGAACGUAUCCACCUGGUCAACAACAAGGAUAAUGAGUCGUCUCGAUACCUGCACGCACGAGCUCAAGGUUUCGUCGUUCUCCACUGGAUCCAGCCCCCGCGGGUCAACGAACCCCGGUUCGCCAGCGUGGGCAUCUUCGCAAGUGUUGACUACCCGCACGAGCUGGUUAUUGUCAAGAAGCUUCCCGAGAUAAGCAGACGAGUCCAGGCUUCCAAUAGGGACUUUCCGAUGCCGGCCGAGGUUGAGCAGAGCUCGCUGAGCGACAAGGAUGCUGACGUGGCGCGGCAGCUGCCCCUGUAUCAUGAGAACAUGGGCUUGACUCCGUUCCCCCAGCUGCAUGCGUUCCAGGUCCACAAGCGGACCAUUGGGAGGCAGUUGACAACUCCGGACGAAGAUGUGACGCUCUUCUACAAGUACUACAACGGAGGAACGCUGAGGAACCUCAUCAAGAAAUACGCCGACGCGGGCAGGCGAGUGCCGGAGGGGUUCAUCUGGCACGUCCUUGCCCAGCUCUGCCGUGCCGUCUCGUGGCUACACACGGGGCACAUCCCUUCGCGGGACGACAACCUCGGGCGUGGAGAUGCAUCGAACCCGCCGAAGACGGCUCCCGACAAGUGGGAACCCAUCUGUCACCAGGACAUGCACGCCGACAACAUCUUCUUGCACUUCCCAACCGACGAGGAAAAGGAGGCCGACCCCCGACUGGAGCAAUUCACAGAUUACCUGCCGCAGGUCAUCGUCGCCGACUUUGGCCUCUCGUUCCAGGCCAAAAACGACCGUUCGCAGGAGCUUGGCGUCGAUCCCAACAACCCCUAUCUGCCGGAGCACUCGACUUGGAAGGACAAGGCCGACAUUGGCGAGGCCAUCUUGCGCCUGCUCGUCCCGGACUACAGUCCAACCGAGAGUGACAUCACCAUCUUCCACCACGCUGGCUUUUUGGACCCGCGUUUUUGCGGCACACACCCGGAGGAGCAGAUGGGCGACUACAGCAAAGAGCUGGUAGAAUGCUGGAGCCAAUUCGAACCCUUGGUCUUGCUGAUACUGAAGCCAGACGAGUGGCUUCAGGGGGUGGAAUCGUCAGACGGAUCCCACUGGAAAACAUGGCCGACAAACGAAGCUGUGUUUGGUACCACCAUCGCCAUGGCCGACCGCCACGUCGAAGCCUACAUCAACAGCGACAACAAGGAGUCGCUCCGCUGGACGCAGACCUUCAAGUCAUUGAUGCCCUACCACAGCGUGCCGCGCAACCCCAAGCACCGUCGGAGCGACUGGGCGACAGUCGACAAGCACCUGAACGACACGAUAAAAGAGACACUCAUCCACUUCAGCCCGGGCUGUGUCAAGAUCCGGCAGGUACACAUCAUGGGCAAGGGCAGCGUCGAGAAGGAGCUCGACGAAGUCAACCCCGAGCUUGCACGCCAGACGGACGACGAAUCGACUUCAGACGAGGAACCGGACUCCGCGAGCCGGCUGGCCCAGGCGCGUCGUGCUACUACGGUACGUCAGCCUAGACGCCAUGGAACGGGGGUUCAGCGUAGACGCCGUGCUAGGGUAGGUCAGCCGACACGCCCCGUACAGAGAGACUCGUCACCCCCGGUCGAUGAGGAGUAUCGCUGGCGUGAGUGGGUGAUGGCGAGGGAUUAUGAGAGGAGGUGCCGCGAGAGGGGUCUUUGGUAAGUGGGGGAUCAUUUAUUCGGUUAGGUUGGUUGGCAAUAUGGG